AUGUCUACCUUUAACGUCGCGCAGGCAAGAGCCCGUUUCCCGGCGCUGCAGCAGCCGCAGAUCUAUCUUGACAAUGCUGGAGGAAGCCAGGUCUUGGAUACCGUGAUUGAUUCCAUUCGGGAUUAUCUCUCUCGGACAAACGUCCAGCUAGGAGCGACAUACAAUAUCUCUCGAGCAUCGUCAGCCGCGUACGACAAUGCUUAUCAGGCGGCUGCGAAAUUCAUCAAUGCGAGUCCGGACGAAAUCGUAUUCGGCGCAUCCAGCACCCAGCUCCUCCACAACCUCUCCACCGCGCUGGACUUCCAGCCCGGCGACGAGCUGAUCCUGUCGAAGCUGAACCACGAAGCAAACACGGCUGCAUGGGUCCGCACGGCGCAGCGGUUCGGCUUGACAGUGAAAUGGUGGUCUGCUGCUGACGCAACCAACCCCGUAUGUGAUCUUGAUGAGUUGAAGACGCUGCUGUCCGAUAAGACGAAGCUGGUGGCUUGUCCCCAUGCGUCGAAUAUCACCGGCACCAUCACCAAGGUCAAGGAGAUUGCGGAUGUUGUGCAUUCAUUUCCGAAUGCACUGCUCUGCGUCGACGGUGUCGCCCUGGCGCCCCACAGACAGGUCGAUGUGAAAGCGCUUGAUGUGGAUUUUUAUGCCUUCUCCUGGUACAAAGUCUACGGCCCUCACAUCGCCCAGCUAUACGCUUCGUCCCGUGUGCAUUCGCACAUUAACUCGCUGGCCCACUUCUUCAAGGACGACCUGCCUCAGACCCUCGACGUCAAGCUCAACCUUGCAUCGGUGAACUAUGAGCUGGUGCAGAGCAUCCCGCGGGUAGUGGACUACUUUGGCCCGGAUCCGGCGAGUACAUGGGCGCAGAUCGCUGCGUAUGAGGAGAAACUGCAGUCGAUCUUGCUGGACUUCUUGAAUAGUUGUAGCAAUGUCACCAUCUACGGCGAGCCAUCUUCUAGCAAAGACCUGCGCGUGCCCGUCAUCAGCUUCACCGUCAAAGGGAUGAAGAGCCAGCAGCUGGUCGAGGAGGUCGAGAAACGGUCCCAGCUGGGAUUCCGCAGCGGACAUAUGUACAGCUACCGCUUGCUCAAGGACGUAUUUGGACUUGAGGAUGUUGAGGACGGAGUGAUCAGAGUGAGCAUGCUGCAUUACAAUACGGAGGAUGAAAUCAACGAGCUCGUAAGGGUGUUGAAGGAGGUUAUUCCACAGGAAUAG